UUUUCGCACCAGACCAUUCAGUUGAUUUUCAACCGCGGUCGCGUUUCGUUUCCCAGGGAACAGUUUAAAACAUAUCGGCAAAGCAUCUGCAGGUUGAAGUUGAUAUUUUCAUCUCGCUGGUGAAUUUGGCUGGGCGUGCAAAAUGUUCAAGCUGAGCAUUUUAGCGCUGCUUCUGCCGUUGGGCUUAGCGCAAGCUGAUUAUGGAGGAACGUACAGCUGUUAUUCGGGAAGUAAGGAAUGCAAGCUAGCCAAUCUGCACUAUGAUACGAAGGAUGCUGUGGCCAGUAUAAAAAUCGUCGGAGGAACUGGACCGUUUCUGGACAUCGAGUUUGUGGAUUCUUCUUUUCCGAUCAUUCCUCCGUCUUUGUUUCAUGACAACGACAAUGUCAGAUCACUUUCGGUGAAGGAUUGCGAAAUUCGUGCUGUUGAAGCUAGCACUUUUCGGGAUGCUCGGGAGCUGAAAUAUCUCAAGAUUCAGAAAAAUGGCAUUACAAAGCUAUUUAACGAUAUGUUUCGUGAUACGAAGCUGACGAAGGCUAAUUUUGAAAAGAACAGGAUAAGCGAAAUCGAGCAGUUCACAUUCAGACGAUGCCGGGAUUUAAACACACUGAGGCUGUCUGAAAAUAGAAUCCAAAACGUCCCGCAUCAGCUUUUCGAGGGUUUGACGCAGUUGGAAGAAUUGAACUUGGAUAAAAAUCGAGUAGUGGAGCUUCCGGAUAAUGUGUUCCGAGAUUUGGCGCACUUGCAGGAGCUUGAUCUGAGCAACAAUUUCAUCCAAGAACUUAAACCAAACACCUUUGCUGGGUUGGCGGGUUUGAGAAAAUUAGAUCUCAAGGAAAAUGAGAUAUCGACUAUUGACGCACAAGCGUUCGCUCCGCUGACAGGUUUGAUUGAACUUGAUCUUGAGGAAAAUAACAUUAAAGUUUUGCUGCCGGAAACGUUUGCUCGUUUGACGUAUUUGAGGGAGUUGAUUUUGACCGAAAACUAUAUCGAACAUGUGGAUGAAAGACUAUUCGCACCGAACUCUGCGAUUCAAACACUUGUUCUGAACAAUAAUUCAAUUGAAGCGUUGCAACCUGGCCUAUUCUCGAAUCUUCCGCGCUUGGAGCAAUUGUCGGUUCAGUUCAAUGAAAUCGGCAGCCUGGACGAUGAUCUGUUCUCGAGGAAUACCAAUUUGGAUACGUUGCAUUUCGAAGGUAACGUCAUCAGUAAGAUCGCACUGCGGGCAUUCGCUAAUUUGCGCCGAUUGGAAAUUUUGGAUCUCGAUGAUAAUAACCUGGCAACACUGGACGGAGGAAUUUUUAGCGAUCUUGAGGCACUUGAGAAAUUGUUCUUGGAGAACAAUCUACUUCGAGAGCUGAGAGCGGGGUCGUUCCGUGGGUUGAGAAAUCUUAAGAAACUUGAUUUGAAGGACAAUUUGAUACGUUCUGUAGAUGGAGCGGUAUUCAAUGAUGUUGGACAGCUGAAAAGUUUGUCGCUUGAAGAUAAUUUGAUUGGUGAAAUCCCUCGUGGCUUGUUUUCUGGAUUAACUCGGCUGAAGGAGCUUUCUCUUAGCGAUAACAAUUUGGAAGAUUUGCAGGAUUCCGUCUUUCAAGGUGCCGCGGAUUCUUUGGAGGAGCUGUAUCUUUCCAACAAUAAAUUUUCAACUAUUCGUUCGUCUGCUUUGAAUUUGAGAUCGCUGGAUCAUUUGGAUUUGUCCGAUAAUUAUUUUAAAUCAUUUCCCACUAAUGCCUUCGAGUAUCUGAAACGUUUGGAGUCGUUAGACUUGGAUGAUAAUAAACUCACGGAAAUACCGGAUGCCAUUCGAGGGAUUUCUUCCUUGAAGGAAUUGGAUUUAUCGUCGAAUAAGAUCGGAAUAAUUGAUGGUCAAGUUUUAAGUUCUCUACAUAACCUCAAAGAGUUAGAUCUCUCGGAUAACUAUUUGAAAAACAUCCCAAUCGAUGCUUUCAGCAACUUGAAAUCGUUGAAAGAGUUGCGUUUGGAUGACAAUGAUUUGGAGGGGAUUUUGGACAACAUUUUCGCACAAAAUCGACAGUUGAAGGAGUUAGCGCUGAGCGACAACGACAUUCGUGAGCUCAGAUCACGAAUGUUCUUUGGAUUAUCCAAUUUGGAAGAGCUAGAUUUGGAUAACAAUCCAAUUAAUAGGUUGGAGGAUAGCGUGUUCAGGGAUUUGUCCAGGCUUGAAAAACUGUCUAUGGAGAAUUCAAGCCUAGUGCAGCUUCCUCGAAAUGUAUUUUCGAACUUGGCGUCUCUCGAAAUGCUCGACUUGGAUUCGAAUCAGCUGACUGAGCUCAACGAUGGGAUGUUCCGUGGAUUGGAGAAUCUGGAAGAAUUGUAUCUGAAUCACAACCCCAUUGGAGACGUAAAAGUGAAUACUUUCCAUCAGCUUGGAAAUUUACAAGAAGUAUCAAUUGGGCCGAGCUCUGUCAACAACUUGGACAGAGAUCUGCUGAAGUAUGCUCUACGUUUGGAGGAGCUGUAUUUGCAUGGUUUUGAAGUUUCAUCGCUUCCACGAGGUUUCUUCCAUUUCAACCGGAAGCUUAAAGUGCUUUCCAUCAACUCGGAUGAUAAGCUUACGGCGAUUGAUAAGGAUUGGUUCAGAGAGCUACCGAAUCUGUUAACUUUGAAUCUCGUGGAAAACAGUAUCAGCAGUUUUCCGGUGGGAAUUUUUGACGAUCUUGACGAUUUAGAGAACUUGUUUCUUUCAGAUAAUCCUGCCAAAUCUUUGGAUGUUAAGUUAUUUGUAAAGCUCCCGAGACUGGAAAGCCUUGAACUGGCGGGCAUGUUGCUAGAAUCCUUACCGCUGGGUAUUUUCGAUAAUUUACUGGAACUGGAACAGUUGGACUUGAGCCGGAACGGUCUCAGCUCAUUGGAUAACGACAUUUUCCGGCACCUGUUUUCAUUGGAAGUUCUAUCGUGGAGCAGCAAUGGAAUCGAAUCCUUGCAACCUGAAUUGUUCCGUGGAUUACGCAAUCUUAAUCAAGUAGAUUUAAGUGAAAAUAAACUUAACUCUCUGGAAUCCCAACUUUUCCGGGACUGUUUGAAUUUGGAGCGGCUGGAUUUAUCCGGGAAUCAGUUUGUCGAAUUUGAUUUACCUCGUAUGAGUUUUGCGAAGACUUUGGUUGAACUUGACGUUUCGAAGAACAACUUGAAUUCGUUAGCCAUUACGGAAGAUCUAAACGUUUUGUAUGCUGAUGACAAUAAGCUGAGUUCCAUUCAAGCGGAAUCUUCACCAUCCUACGAACUGUUUGAACUAUCCUUGGCGAGGAACCAUUUUACGAGUUUAGAUUCAAUCUUGCGUUUUAAUAAUCUUGAGAAUCUUAAUGUAUCAGGCAACGCACUGCAGCAUCUGGAUUUAGCUCGAAUGACGAAUUCUCUCGAUGAACUGGCCAUUUUCAAUGCAUCAUACUGCGAAAUCAGCAGCUUCGAAGAAGCCGGAAUGACUACACAGGAAUCGAUGGCAGUUUUGGACAUUUCCCACAACAAACUAAACACUUUGGACUACAAUCUGUUUGGUCACUUCCCGGAUUUGGAAAUGUUUGUUAUUGGAGGAAAUUCAUUCAACACUAUUGACGGUGAAAAAAUUGUGCAGACAUUCAAGGAUAUGGAGUUCAUUGGUUUGCAGGGCACUGAAUGGAUCUGUGAUCAGCUUGAACAGGCGAUUCAUGUUUUCGAAGAGGAAGAAGUUUUGCUCUGGAAGAAACAGGAAAUGGAGUGUCCGGGAAAAAGUUUUGCCGGAAUCUGUUGCUAAAGCUAUUAUAGAUCAGCGGCCGACGAUUGCCAACAAUAGAAACCAAGUUAUUUAUGAUGUUCUUAUGAUUGAUUUUGAGCUAGAUUCUCCGAUUUGAUACCAUUCGCGCCCGAAACGCGUCGAUAGAAAAGAUCAUAUAUCUUUUAACGAAUUUGAACCGGGACCCGAUCAGUUCCGCACCGUCCAUUGUUGUUCCUUGCCCCCCCUACACACACAGAAUGGACCUACAAUCUAAUACUAUCCAGUAGCUUUGAUUUAUUGUCGAAAAAUAAACCAUUUUUUGU